UGCAUGCUGCUGAUUGUCUCGUGGUGGAGCUUCUCCUUCAGAGAGGUGUGUUUCUGCUGUCUGUAGCAAGAAUCCUGAUUAUACUGGGACCAGAGAGGCUGAGAGGACUGGUUUUACUGGGACCAGAGAGGCUGAGAGGACUGGUUUUACUGGGACCAGAGAGACUGAGAGGACUGGUUUUACUGGGACCAGAGAGGCUGAGAGGACUGGUUUUACGGGGACCAGAGAGGCUGAGAGGACUGGUUUUACUGGGACCAGAGAGGCUGACAGGACUGGUUUUACUGGGACCAGAGAGGCUGAGAGGACUGGUUUUACUGGGACCAGAGAGGCUGAGAGGACUGGUUUUACUGGGACCAGAGAGGCUGAGGGGACUGGUUUUACGGGGACCAGAGAGGCUGAGGGGACUGGUUUUACUGGGACCAGAGAGGCUGAGGGGACUGGUUUUACUGGGACCAGAGAGGCUGAGGGGACUGGUUUUACUGGGACCAGAGAGAACUGUGAACUUGUAGCAGAUUGUGGAGAACUUUGUGGUGCACAAGACUCACAGGAUGUUCAGACAGGGCCUCGACAGACUUGGGAUUCGAACCAGUGGCUAUAACGAGCGGGGCUACAAUGGUUGCCACAGCGAGGGCAGUGGUCUGCCUGUCUCUCUGGUUGUCUGUGUGUCAGGUCCGGGGCUCCUACAUCCCUCCGAAGAUGAACAAAACCAUCCAGGACCUCCUGCAGCACUAUAGUAUCCCACCUAAAGAGAGAUUUAACGGGAGGCCGGUCUUCUCUAAAGAACCGCUGACUGGAAAAAUGGAGGGAAAGCGGGUGUUCAUGGGAGGCGUUCUGGAGACGUACGAGAAGCUGAUUGGCCAAAUGUUGAAGCAGCAGCCCACCCCGACUCCCCAGACAGAUGGGACCAACAAGCGUCUCGCCUCUGCCACCGCCGGCACUGGCAGUGAUGACAGCGUCAGAACAGGGCUGAACUACAUCCUGGAGAGGGUCCAGGAGCUAAAGAAACACCAUUACCAUGAGCAAGAGAAGCUUCUGCAGGAGCUGAACUCUCUCCAACACAUCAAGCUGGAUAACCGUGUGGUCCAGAGCAAAGCUUUGUGGGAGCUGCCGUGGCUGUACGAGGAGGCGAGCUCAUUGGAUGACGCCAACAUGCUGAGGAGGAGGAGACGCCGCCGUCGCCGCCAAGCCUGGAGGGUCAAGACUCGUCCGAGAGCCUGAAACACCAACAAUAUGUCAACCAUGACAGCAACAGGGAUGAUUAGCGACAGAAAUUUAAAUUGAUUAAAAAAACAUGAAUUUCAUAAUACCAAAGAAUAUCCAAAUUUAAACCAGCAUGCCAACUUUUUAUUUUAUUUUCUAAGAGGUUAUUGAAGAGGUUAUUUAUAAAUAAAUGUAUAUUUAUUAAACCAGCAGCCUAAGCCUAGAAGAUAUUGUACAUUUUUAAAAUUCAUAUAUCUUUUAAAGGAUGUUCGGAGCUCGAUACUUG